AUGACAUCAAUUCAAAAGGAAUACAUAAUUGGAUGUGUUGGUAAACCCUCUUCUGGAAAAUCUACAUUCUUCUCAUCUAUUACUGACAGUUCAGCCAAAAUAGGUAAUUACCCAUUCACAACCAUUGAACCUAAUGUUGGAAUAACUCAUUAUAUUGCAGAAUGCCCAUGCAAAAAAUAUAAUGUAAUAUGCAAACCUAAAUAUGGAAGUUGUAAUAAUGGGUACCGAAAUAUUCCGAUAAAGAUGUUAGAUAUUGCAGGAUUAAUACCAGGUGCCCAUCUUGGAGAUGGACUUGGUAAUAAGUUUCUAGAUGAUCUUAGGCAUGCACAUGUUUUGCUACAUAUAAUUGAUAUUAGCGGAAACACAAAUGAAAAAGGCGAACAAACAACUAAUUAUAACCCAAUAAAUGACCAUGAGUGGCUUCGAAUAGAAAUUGAAAUGUGGAUUUUCAAUAAUAUUUAUUCAAACUGGUCCAGUAUUGUUAGGAAAAGCAAAACAUCGGAUAUAACAAUUAGUAAGCUUUUAUUAAACCAACUAUCAGGUUAUGGGUGUAAUGAAUUAAUGAUUAAAAAACUUAUAUCUUCAAUGAAGCUUAAUGAUUCAGCCGAUUUUUCAAAUUGGGACAAAUCUGAUAUAAUUUAUUUAGUAAGGCAAUUCAUCAAAGUUAGAUUUCCAUUUGUACUUGUGCUAAAUAAGGCGGAUGUCAUGAGUGAGAAUUGUGAUUCAAAUAUUGUAAAAUUUUACGAAAAGUAUGGAGAUGAUCAUGAAAUUGUAGUAGUAUCAUCUUUGGCUGAGUAUUUUAUUAAAAAAAUGGUUAGUCAAAAUUAUAUUAAACUGUUGUAUGAUAAUAAUAGUUACAAUUAUUCUUCGUUCAUUACAAGUGAAGAUACUCAUAUUGAAGGAUCUCAAACUCUUAAAUUGAUAGAUAACAAAUUAAAGUCAAGACUAGAAAAUAUCAGGGAUAUGGUGUUAUUUAGGCAUGGAGUCACAGGUGUGCAAGAUGCUAUUAACAAAGCUGUUGAUCUAUUGGGCUUAAUACCAGUAUAUCCAGUAAAAAACAUAAAAACUUUCACAAAUGAUUCAUAUGAUGAAGGGAAUAAUUUUGCAUUUCGAGAUUGUAUUCUUGUUCCUAAUGGGACCACAGUCAAAACACUAUUAAAAUCUUUGCACAUAGAAUUGGACAAAAAUGUGGUAAAUAUAGAGACUGUGGGAGGGGUUAAAAUUUCUGAAAACCAUCUUUUAUCGAACCAAAUGAAUGUGAUAAAAAUUACUACAGCUAAGUACGAUGAAAAAAAUGUAUAA